AUGAUGCAAACUAAUCUAUUGAAUUUCUACAAAAAUCAUAGACUUUCAAUUUUAAGAAUUUCAUAUAUUCUACUGCUAGUUGGUACCCUAGCAAGUGGUACAAAUUUAAAUAAUAACAAGAGAGACAAAAAAAUUAGAUCUUCAAGAAAUAGAAGUCAAAGCAUAACAAGCAAUGCAAGCAGUACUACUACAAACGCAGAUAAUACAAAGAAUAAUAAUAACAGACAGAUAGACUUAAAUGAUAAUGAUAAUGAUGACAAUGAUAGAGAAUCUAUCAUUGUCUCAGAUUCAAACCAAGUUCAAAAUAACAAAAGACAAUUGGAAUGCAGCAAAAAGAAAAAAUCAUUCCUUCUACAAAUUAUACUGAAGGAUAGAAAAUGUCUAUUAUUAUUCAUAACUCAAUCAAUUCUAUUAGUUAUCAGAACUUUCUUAUCUUUACAUGUCGCAACUUUAGAUGGUAAAUUAGUAUCAACUUUAGUUAAGGCUCAAUACGGAAGCUUUUUGAAGGUUUUAUUUGGUCAAUGGAUGUUACUAGGUAUCCCAGCUAGUUUCAUAAAUUCGUUGAUCAACUAUACAACGAAAUUAUGUUCAAUAUCAAUUAACAGACAAAUUUCAAACUUCUUAUUGGAUAAGUAUUUGAAAAACCACAAGAUUUUUUACUCUGUCGUUGCAAAUAUUAACAUCGAUAAUAAUAAAGAAACUAACGAUUCAAAUGAAAAUAAAAUCGAUAGCGAAACUAAUUUGAAGGGUGAUUUUAAUAAUAAUAAUGAUAAUGAUAAUACAAAGAGUUUAGUUGCAGGGAAAAAUGGUAAUGAAAAUGCAAAUGCUACUUCUACUGCAGCUGCACAUGGGCCAGAAAUUCAAGACCAUCUAACUCGUGACAUUUAUCAAUUCUCAACAAAUUCAUCCCUGUUAUUAAACCAAUUGUUGAAGCCUACUUUGGAUUUAAUAUUAUGUUCAUUUAAAUUACUAAUGUCAAACUCAACUAUGAUGGGUGAAGGUACCCUUGUUUUGGGUUUAAUUGUGACGUUUUCCAAUUCCUUAUUAAAGUUAAUUCAACCAAAUUUUACAAAAUUAACUAUGAUUAGAGCUUCACUAGAGAGUUGGUUCAGAUCUUUGCAUUCAAACUUACACUCGAAUAACGAAGAAAUUGCCAUCCUAAGAGGUUAUGAUAGAGAAUUGAUAAGUUUGGAUUAUUCAUUUUAUCAAUUGGUCUUAUUCCUAAAUAGAGAAAUAAAAGCAAGAGCCUUAUAUGAUUUGGCUACAAAUUUCGUAAUCAAAUACACAUGGGGUGCUGCUGGUUUGAUCCUGUGUUCAAUGCCAAUUUUUUUCAAAGAACCUACUACUGAAGAAGAAGAUGCAGCCGCACAGACUAGUGCUGGUGAUAUAACCGCAGAUUUUAUCACCAACAGACGUUUAUUAUUGACUGCCUCUAGUUCAUUUGGUAGAUUUGUGGAAUUGAAGAAGAACAUUCAACAGUUGCGCGGUGUCUGGAUAAGAUUAAACAGUUUUAAUAACGUUCUAGAUUCGAUUAUUGAAAAUGAUCAAGAUGGAGAUACCUCAAUUGAUUCUAAGCUAGUUGAAUAUAAUGAUAAUUUGAUUAAAUUUAUUAACGUUCCAUUAAUAACACCAGCAAAUCAAGUAUUAGUACCAGAGUUGAACUUUGAAUUAAAUCAUGGAGAUCAUUUGUUAAUUAUUGGUCCAAAUGGGUGUGGUAAAUCGUCAUUAUUUAGGCUGUUGGGUGGUCUAUGGCCAAUUAGACCAUCUUUAAAGCCAGAACUAAAAACUAAAUUAAUCAUGCCUAAUAGAGACAACGAAAAUGAAUGUUCUAUAUAUUACUUACCACAAAGGCCAUAUAUGAGUAAUAGAUCCACAUUUAGAGAACAAAUUAUUUAUCCUGAUUCUAUUGAACAAUUUGAAACGCGUUUCAAUGGUGAUUAUGUCAAGGGUGAUGAUAAACUGGUAGAAAUUUUGGAGUUACUAGAAUUGGACGAUCUAAUAACCGAAAAUUUAUCUCUAGCUUUAGCAAAGAAGUCUAAUACUUCUCCAAAGUCAAUUACUAACAACACUAACACUAUCAUCGAAACACGUGAAGCUUUUGAUCUAAUUCGUAACUGGUCGGAAGAAUUAUCAAUUGGUAUCCAACAAAGACUAGCAAUGGCUAGAAUGUAUUAUCAUCAACCAAAAUUUGCAGUUUUAGAUGAAUGUACCUCAGCUGUUUCUCCAGAAAUGGAACAAAAAAUGUAUCAAAAUGCCCAAAAUUUUGGUAUCUCUUUGAUAUCAGUCUGUCAUAGAACAAGUUUGUGGCAUUUCCAUAAUUAUUUGCUAAAAUUUGAUGGUAAGGGUAAUUAUGACUUUGGGAAGUUUGAUCCAGUUGAAAGAUUGGGAAAUGAACAAAAAUUAAGUGAACUAAGUGUAAUAUUGGACCAACAAGUUCCAGUUUGGGAAAAGAGAUUAAAGGAAUUGACAGAAGCCAGAAAAUCCAACAUUAUUAGGAAAUCGCAAACUGAUUUGAGAGCAUUAGAAAAUUCUACAAAUGACAAGUCUCCAAGCUCAAGUCCAGCUAAAUUACUGUUAUUAAAUCAAUCUAAUAAAAACUCUAAAACUUCUAAACCAAGCAAACAAAAUGAAAGAUUACCUUUGAAAGAGAGUCAAACUGAGGCUAGUUCACCAAGCAAACUCAGGAAACCCGCUCCAAAACCAAAAAAGAAAUGA